ACAUUCAUGGUAGAUUUGUUUGGCUACAAUCUGAGCGAUGUUUGUUUGAGUUAUGGUUGCGUAUGUCUAUCUCGGCUUUGAAGAAUGUUUACAUUUUUGCGCCCUUUAAAUCAGAAUGUACAAUUUAUUGAUAGAAGACAUAAUAAUCUUAAAGAAGUUCCCGAUGAUGUAUUGGCAUGCAAAACUGUGGAAGAACUAUUAUUGGAUUCUAAUCACAUAAGAAUUGUACCGAAGGGAAUUUUUCGUUUGCCUAAAAUAAGAAAGCUGAGCUUGAGUGAAAAUGAAAUUUUUCGUCUUCAGCCUGAAGUGGGGAAUUUAAGUACUCUUAUGGAAUUGGAUAUUUCCAAAAAUGACAUUUAUGACAUUCCAGAGAGCAUCAAGAAUUUAAAGCAGUUACAAAUUGCCGAUUUUAGCUCAAACCCUUUAAAAAGAAUUCCAUUUAGCAUUGUAUACCUUCAGAAUCUUACAGACUUGCGACUGAGUGAUGUGAACUUAACCGAGCUUCCGUCAGAUUUUGGCAGGCUUGUAAAUUUGAAAACCCUUGAACUGCGGGACAACAUGUUGAAAGAUUUACCAUCAUCAUUUGUUUCAUUAAAAAACUUAGAAUGUAUUGAUCUUGGAAGCAAUAUGUUUGAGGAAAUGCCAUCGUGUUUAUGUCAGUUAGUGAAGCUGCAGGAGUUGUGGUUGGAUUCUAAUGAAAUAUCAACUCUUUUAAGUGACAUCAAGAAAUUAAAGAGUUUGAAGUGUUUGGAUAUUUCAGAAAAUGAUUUAGAAUUUCUUCCUGAGGAAAUAUCUGGCUUAGAAAACUUAACCGAUUUUUAUGUUUCUCAGAAUUAUCUGCAACUUUUGCCGAACGGAAUAGGUAAUCUUCAAGAGCUUACAGUUUUUAAGGUUGAUAGCAACAGACUAUUAUCUUUGCCAGUGAGCCUGGGGAAGUGCAGUAAAUUACAGGAAUUAGUGCUUAAAGAAAAUGAAAUAUCAACUUUUCCAACUUCAAUUGGUGACUUAAAAAAUCUUAGAACACUUAUUGCAGAUUGUAAUAAAUUAAGUAGUCUUCCUUUAGAAAUAUGUAAUCUAUCACGACUCACUUUACUUUCACUUAGAGACAACUGUUUAUAUUACAUUCCAGAAGAUAUUGGUUUGAUGAAGGAGCUACAAGUCCUUGACUUAUGUGGAAACAGGGUUCAGUACUUGCCAGUUAGUGUUAUGUUCCUCAAGCUUAAAGCACUUUGGUUGUCUGAAAAUCAACAUCAACCUCUUCUGAAAUUUCAACGAGAUUUUGACUGGAAAGCCAAUCGGGACAUAAUAACAUGCUAUAUGCUUCCUCAGCAAGAUUAUACUGUUGAUUAUUCAGUUACAUGUGCAGAUUCCCAAGACAAAGUCUUCAGUAAUCAUCAGCGAGUUGAAUUUGAAGUUGAAAGUGAAGAUGAGCUAGAUAAGAAUAUUGAGCUUGUUCGUCAUACUACUCCAUAUCCUAAGGACUUGAAAUCUAAAGCUAUUAAGCUGCUGCCAGCUAAAAAUAGGACUCAGAAAAAUGAAGAUAUGGAAAAGCAUAAAGAUUUAAGUCCGUCCCCUGUUAUUGACUCUGGUAUGUGUAGUGUUGCAUCAAAUCCAGUCCAUGUAUCAACAGACCAAAAUGAUGAAAGCAACGAUAUUAUUACACCUUAUCAAAAUGGCGUUUCUUCAGCUGAACCUGUGUCUGAGAUCAGUUCUGCUGUUACUGAAGGGAAGUGUCAUGAGCAAGUGCAUGAAUUCAUAAGAGAAAACUGUUUGUCCAACAGCAAAACAAGUGUUUCGUUUGAAUCGGAAUGUCUUUCAGAUUAUCAGAAACAAUUUGGUAAUCAUAAAAUUCCUUUUGACAUUUAUGAUGUGUAUGUUCAGCGCGAGCCAAGUGGCUUAGGUUUGAGUAUAGCUGGUGGAAAGGGGUCACCUCCAUAUAAAGAUGAUGAUGAAGGGAUAUUUAUAUCUAAAAUUACUGAAGGAGGCCCUUCGGAUAAAGCUGGCUUGAAAGUAGAUGAUAAAAUUCUGAAAGUUAAUGAUGUUCCAUUGACUGACAUAGAUCAUUAUAGUGCUGUGCAAGUUUUGAGAAAUGCUGGGAACACCAUUAAAUUCCAAAUCCUAAGAGAAAGAGAUAUUCAUUUUGAAAAACCAGAUUCAUUAACAAGUUCAACUACCAUGGCCAAUAGUCAACAAGCAUCUCAUGUUCAUGUACAGAAUAAAAUGGGUAAUUCAUCAAUGCCAAAUGCAUAUGAAAGCCAUUCUUCUAAUCCAGAUGUUCCAAAUAAUAAUCUUUGUACUGCUGUCAGUUGUAUUCCACUGAAUGAUGUUACAAAGAAGCUUUGCAAUAAAUCAUAUUCUUUGGGUUCAAGGCAAUUACCUGUUUUACCUUCAGAUGAGUGUGUCCAGCUUAAUCAUAAACAUCCUACAUUUGAGCCUGAAAUGACAUCUACACCCAUGAGCCUAUCACGUGCAUCAUUUAAAAGUUUCCCAGAUGUUGUGCAACCAGCAACACUAAAUUCACUCAUUCAGACUGCCUGUCAUGAUACUACAGAUAAAUAUGAAGGUCCGGUUGUAAAAGUGACAAUUCAGAAGCCUAGGCCAUAUGUGCCAUUGACAGCUGAACUUCCACCUCCCACUAAAGCUGUUGGACACACUUCAGAAGUGCUGACAAAGUCAUCAUAUAGUGAAACAACAUUGACAAGAAUAACCAAUAAUAGCCAUUCUACAAAAGCACCUAUUAUAGAAGAAGUAAAGCUGACCAGAAUGAAUGGACCUUUUGGUCUGAGUAUUAUGGGAGGUUGUGAUCAAUCAUGCUUCCCAUUCGGCGAUGGGAAUCCCGGUAUUUUUGUGUCUAGGAUUGUGCCUAAUGGAACUGCUGCUAGAACUGGAAAGCUAAGAGUAGGGGAUCGCAUACUUAAAGUUAAUGAUACAGAUUUAACUAAAGCCACUCAUAUUGAAGCUGUUAAUGCAUUAUGUUCAUCUGUCGAAGAAGUAACACUUGUUGUUCAGCAUGAUCCUUUGCCAAAUGGAUGGCAGGAAAUCACUUUCAGUAAAUCUGAAAAUGAACCCGUAGGUGCUGAGCUAAGAGGUGGUGUUGGUAGUUGUGGUGCUAAUCCCUUUGAUUAUGAUGAUGAAGGAAUCUUUGUCACAAAGAUAUUGCCUAACUCUCCAGCCCAUAAAGAUGGAAGACUGAAAGUGGGAAUGAGAGUUAUUGAGGUUUGUAGCAUUUCUGUUUUGGGAGCUAAUAUUGAAGAAGCUAAUCAAGCACUUAACUCUCAUAAAAGCACAGUCUCUUUUACUGUAUGCAAUGGUUUCAACUGCAGCUUACUUUUGAAUACUUCCUACAGUUGUCUUCCUGGGUCAAGCUCUGUUACUAUUGAUUCUAUUCCAUGCAUUGAUAGUGACGAUGAUUCCUGUGAUGUUCUUUCUCCAUCCAACCGAAAUAUCAUAUUAGCAGAAGAUAAAUCUGUUGACGAAAAAGUUUUAGAUGUUGUUCGUGCAGCUGAGCGUUUAGUAUCUCCUUCACCUCAAGUUUUUAUAAGCCCACCAUCAGCUCUGAAAAAAAAGAAAACCACUACCAUAGUAUUAUCAAAGCAUAUCAUUCAUCCAGCCACUACAGAUCAGAACCAUCACUCGAAACCAGUAUAUCUUCCUUGUGAAGUAUGAGCUGAGUUAUUUAUUUUUCAACCUACAAAAAUGCCCUGUGGUGGUGCAUAAAAUAGUUCUGUGAAUGUUAAUGUUAUUGGAUACUGUACAAUACAAGAUGAUAAUUGUUGACAACAUUCCAUAUUCUAUUCCAUUAUGAGUGAAAUAUUUAUUUAUUUAUGUCAUAAACAUUUCUAUAUAUUGCAAUGUUUUAAAUUAUCCAUAAAGAAAGAUUUGCUAGUAUGUGCAAUGAUUUUUUAUAUGAAAAUCUGUAAAUACGAAAUAGUUUUAUUUGUUAAUAUAUGAAAUGUCAUGGAAAAUUUAACUUGUUUAUAACACUUUUAAGUAAAGUGACAUACUGUGAUGUCAUAUAAAUUGUUGCAUUUAUGUGUGUGAAAACUAAUGGGGAUAAUGUGUCCAUAAUCAUUGUGCUGUUAAAUAAUUUGUAACUUAAAAGUGAAUCACUUUUUUGUUUGUUUAUCAGAUUCUUGAUGUUUAUAUUGAUUUGAAGUAUAAUUCUUUUCAAUGCAUUGUAAAUCUUGUAAAUCAUUCAGACUUAUACCAUAAAUUAUUAAUCUGACAUUUUCCUGAAAUGGUGAAAAGAUAAACUGGUUUUAGAAGACCUUUUUUAACAAGAAAACAUUAUGACCUGUGAUUUUUUAAAUUUUGUGUUCUUGUUAAUUUUGUAAUUUGUUGGCUAUAGAGAGCUGCAGCUUGUUCCAAACCAUUUUUUUAUUAUUAUUUUAAAGUGCUUUGUUUUAUGGCUAUUUGUUUUAUGACUAUUGUUAUUUGUUAAUCAAAAUGCUGACUUGGAGCAUUUACUGCUAUUAAAUAUCUGUAAAUUUUAUUUAAAAUUUUGCAUUUGUUAAAUACGUAUAAUUUGUUUCCAGACAAUAUGAUCAUGUAAGUGAUUUUUGGAAAAUUAAUUAUAAAUGAUAUUUUACUUCUCAGCUGCAUCAUUAUUUAAUAUUUAUAUUUUUAAAAAUGUUGUUUUUAACAUCAGCUUAUUGUUUGUGUAUUUUUGUGACAGAGGUAGUUUAUAAACAUUAAAAAAAAAAAAUAAAUUCCAACAUACUUGUACACUUUUAGCACAUUUCAGUUUUGAUACAGAUAUUUUUAGUUCUCUGUUGGUUACUGCAGUGUGCCACAGUAUUUAAAUGAUAACUAUUAAUAAAUAAAAUUGUGCAAUUA